ACAAUUUCAAUAUGUUUCUAUAUGAAAUAGUUGUGAAAAGUGGUGACAAAUUUUUCAAAGGCCUCUUCGAUGUUACGAUCAUUUAUAAAGAUUCGCUACAAUGGUAGUAGCCAAGUACAUACAAAAAAGAAUUUUCGAUUAUAACCAAAAACCUGUAGUCUGUGAUAUAACCCCUAAUAAUCAUUUAGAAAUAAUAAUAUUAGUGUUUUACAACAUUGUCGGUUAUAGUUUUUUACCUGGGUGACUAUAUUUGAAAAGCGUAGGUUUUGGAUGAGAACUUUCUGAAAAUGGAGAACCAGAGGAAUUAUAAGAAUCUUCGAAAUGAUAGUGAUGAGGAAGAAAUUUACUUAUUGAAAAUUCCGAAAGGAAUUGAUCUGAAUGUUUUACUACAUGCCAAGAUUGAACUUACUAAGAAAUCUGAAGUAAAGUCACAAUCUGAAGUCUUUUAUUUGAAGCCAAUCUAUGAUGAAUCUGGACCUAAGUACUUCCAAGGAUCAGAUGAUUCAGAAAAAAUUCGACCAUUAUCAAUUUUACAAUUAACAAAAUCUGUUCCUGACAACAUGAAAAUAGAUCAAAGUCACCCUCAACAAUUUGAAGAAGAAAAUAAUAAGAAACCUCUUUCUGUUAAUGGGAUUAAAGAUGAUUACAAAGCGGUGAUUGAAUUACAAAAAGAUAUCAAACAAAAAAUAGAUCAAGCACGUCAAAGGUAUUGUAAGGAAAAACCAAAGGGGAAGCAAGUACUGAGUCAUAAAAAAAGUCUACUGAUAUCACAACUUCUAGAGACAACAUGCAAAAUCAUAAAUUCAACAAAUGUAGAGAACACCAAAGAGAUAAAGGAAAGUAAUGAAAAAACCAUGAACGACAAUCAAAAAUUAAAAAGAAAAAAUUACAAAUCAAAUAGUUUUCAAGAACUCAACAUCAUAGAUAAAAGUCACCUGAAAGAUUCUGCUAUUGUUGCAUCCCCCAUUGCUUUGGAAAAGGGGCCAGUAAUUGAAAAAGAGUUGCAAUUGGAUGCAGACAUUUCUGAAUUCAUUUCAAAGAAAAUACAAAAUAAUAAAAGUGAAAUCUCAUUGAAUAUAGAAAACACCAAAGAAUUAAAUUCAUAUGAUAUAACUUCAGAAAACUUGAAAAUGGAAAUAGAUAAUGUGGUGCCCAAAAUGAAAAAGAAACGUAAAGCAAAAAAUAGCUUGCAAGAGUUGCAAUUGGACAUAGACCUUUCUGAAUCCAUUUCAAAGAAAAUACAAAAUACCAAAAGUGAACAAAAUACAUGUGAUACUUCAGAAUAUAACAAAAAAAAAAAAAAGAAACAUAAUAAAAGUGAAAAAUCUAUAAGUAAAGAAAACACUGAAGAACUUUCAGGAAACUUGAAAUUAGAAAUAGAUAAUGUGGUGCCCAAAGCGAACAAUAAUAAAAAACAUAAAGCAAAAAACAGUUUCCAAGAAUUGCAAUCAGAUGGGAGAAUUUCAGAUUGCAUUUUAAAGAAAACGCAAAAUAGCAAAAAUGAGAACUUGUUGAACAUAGAAAGCACCAAAGAAUUAAAUUCAUUUAAUUUGGCUGAAGAGAAUUUGAAAAUAGAUAAUGUGGUGCCUAAUGUGAAAAAGGAACGUAAAGCAAAAAAUAGCUUGCAAGAGUUGCAAUUGGACAUAGACCUUUCUGAAUCCAUUUCAAAGAAAAUACAAAAUACCAAAAGUGAACAAAAUACAUGUGAUACUUCAGAAUAUAACAAAAAAAAGAAAAAGAAACAUAAUAAAAGUGAAAAAUCUAUAAGUAAAGAAAACACUGAAGAACUUUCAGAAAACUUGAAAUUAGAAAUAGAUAAUGUGGUGCCCAAAGCGAAAAAUAAUAAAAAACAUAAAGCAAAAAACAGUUUCCAAGAGUUGCAAUCAGAUGGGAGAGUUUCAGAUUGCAUUUUAAAGAAAACGCAAAAUAGCAAAAAUGAGAACUUGUUGAACAUAGAAAACACCAAAGAAUUAAAUUCAUUUAAUUUGGCUGAAGAGAAUUUGAAAAUAGAAAUAGAUAAUGUGGUGCCUAAUGUGAAAAAGGAACGUAAAGUAGAAAAUAGUUUCCAAGAGUUGCAAUUGGAUGCUGAAAGUUCAAAAUAUAUUUCAAAUAAAAAAAAGAGGAAAAAAAACCACAGUAAAAGUGAAGUAUCAAUAAAUAUAGGACAUACCAAAGUACUAGGUUCAUCUGAUACAGCUUCAACUUCCAAUACGACAAUAGAUAAUGUGAUGCACAAAAAAAGGAAGAAAAAUAAGAUUAUAAUUCAUAGCAUAGAAUACCUGUGAGAAGCUUCAAAUGCAGUGGUUGAUGAGAGAAAGGAAUAUAAAAAUUUAAAAGAAUGCAAUCUGAAGCAUGAAAUUCAGAAUAAAGCACUAAAAUAAAAGGAGAAUUCCAAUUUUAAUGAAAAAUUGGAUAUAAUUGAUCUAUAUAGAUUGAAGGCUUUUUAUUGAAGAUGAGAGCAACAAACAUUAUUCAAGAGGAUUGAUAAUAAUAAUGUACCGGAAAUUAUUUUAUUUUUGUAAAAUUAAAAAUAUUUAAGAAAUCAGAUAAUAAUAAUUAUUUUUUAUUAUAUUCACAUAAUUAUAAAAAUAUUGAUAUAAUAUAUUUAUAAUAAAAAAUAUAAAAUUCAAAACACUAAAACAGGACAUGAAUGAAUUGGAGAAUAUAUUGUAUUAUUUCUGUUAUGUGGAGUGGUCUAGUUUGCUGCAUUAGUGGAUGACAGUUUUAUCAAAAAUAACAUUUUAAAAGUUUAGGGAUUUAUCCCUGUAUGAGCGAGUUCAGAAAGUCAGCGCUGUUGAAUGAGCUGAAAGAGAUGCGCUGUACCAGCACAAUGCCGGAGAAAGAGCGCUGCAUUUUGUGCUGAAUUAUAGAUUAACGUUGAGUUUAAGAACGCUUCUUCAACGAGAUAAUGGUUUCAAUGCCUGUGAAUUAAUAUAAGAAAACUAUAAUUGUCUGCAUGCCGUGAUGUUAUUUUCUUAUGCUAUUUCAACGACAGUUCAAAUGAAUAAUAAGGUUAAUCUAUUUCAUUUUCCCACAUAAAAAUAUCUUUAUUUAUUGCAUCAAAAAGCAAAUACAUAAUUUCUGAAAAAUAUAUUUUUUUAUACAAUAAUAUUUGAUCGGGAAAUAUUUUUUUAAUAACAAUUAAUAAUAAAUAACAUACAUCAAUAUCUAUAAUUAAUUGAUAAUUGAACAAUUCUGUUCAUUCAAUCAUUUCUUCCAUCUAUUACUUCUAUAAUUCCAGUAAAAAGCUUUCACCACAAUUCAAUAUUAGAGAGUUAUUGCAACGCACAAAUAAGCGAUCUUUUAUUACAGGAUCUCUUACAAGUACUCAUGCGCAUUAACUCAGAUAUUAAGGAUUGUUUAAAUCUAAAAUACAGGCGACCAACUUUUAUUUAAGGAUUCUUUAUUUUGACAGAUAUCUGUUUAUGCCGAAUAUUUGCCGUCGUUAUUCAGCAAGAACUAACCUAUAAAUA